AUGCGGCAACAGCCAGGUGUUACCACACACCACGGCGGCAACAGCCGGUGUUACCACACACCGCGGCUUAACAGCCAGGUGUUAACAGCCAGGUGUUACCACACACCACGAAAGGGCAACAGCCAGGUGUUACCACACACACCACGAAAGUGGCAACAGCCAGGUGUUACCACACUCACGAAGCCAGCGUUACAACACAGCCAGGUGUUACCACACACCCCACGAAGGCGGCAACAGCCAGGUGUUACCACACACCACGGCGGCAACAGCCAGGUGUUACCACACACCACCACCCGUGACAACAGCCAGGUGUUACCACACACCCAGGUGUUACCACACACCGGCGGCAACAGCCAGGUGUUACCACACACCACGAAAGCGGGCAACAGCCAGGUGUUACCACACACCAAUGGGCGGCAACAGCCAGGUGUUACACACACCACGGCGGCGGCAACAGCCAGGUGUUACCACACACCACGAAGGCGGCAACAGCCAGGUGUUACCACACACCACGAAGGCGGCAACAGCCAGGUGUUACCACACACCACGAAGGCGGCAACAGCCAGGUGUUACCACACACCACGAAGGCGGCAACAGCCAGGUGUUACCACACACCACGGCGGCAACAGCCAGGUGUUACCACACCCCGGGAAGGCGGCAACAGCCAGGUGUUACCACACACCACGAAGGCGGCAACAGCCAGGUGUUACCACACACCACGAAGGCGGCAACAGCCAGGUGUUACCACACACCACGAAGGCGGCAACAGCCAGGUGUUACCACACACCACGGUAA